AUGACGUCCAAGAAAAUCAACGUCGAUGUGCUCGUUAUCGGCGCUGGGCCGACUGGUCUUGGAGCAGCUAAACGUCUUCAACACUUGAAUAGUGUUGAUUGGCUCAUUGUUGACUCAAAUGAGACGCCUGGUGGUCUCGCGUCAACCGAUACAACCCCCGAGGGCUUUCUCUUCGAUGUGGGCGGACAUGUCAUAUUCUCCCACUACAAGUACUUCGACGAUGUCAUUAACGAGGCUCUUCCCAAACCUGAUGAUUGGUAUGAGCAUCAACGCAUCUCAUAUGUCCGUUAUCAAGGUCUUUGGGUCCCAUACCCUUUCCAGAACAACAUCGCAGUCCUGCCCAAGGAAGAACAAGCGCGUUGUCUGGCGGAUCUUAUUGAAGCAGCCAUUCAAGCCCGCGCGCGCUCACCAUCUGACAAGCCAGCCAAUUUUGACGAGUGGAACAUUCGCAACGUUGGUGAGAGGCUGAAUGAGAUCUUCAUGAGGCCUUACAACUUCAAAGUCUGGGCUGUUCCUACGACCAAGAUGAACUCUACUUGGGUUGGAGAACGUGUCGCCGCCCCCAAUGUCAAGCUCGUGACCACCAACGCUAUUCUUGGUAAAGCAGCUGGUGGAUGGGGUCCGAACGCUACGUUUCGCUUCCCUGCUCGUGGUGGAACGGGAGGGAUCUGGAGGGCUGUUGCGGAUACUCUUGAUCAAAGCAAGACUCGUUUUGGAGAUCAUGGUGCAGUUACAAAGGUUGAUGCUGAUACCAAAACUGUUUAUUUGAAAGACGGAACUACAAUCAAGUAUGGUGCCCUCAUCUCGACCAUGGCUGUCGAUCAGCUUGCUGAGACUAUGGGUGAUGCCAAACUUCAGAAGUCACUCAAACCACUUUAUUACUCCUCCACCAACGUGAUUGGUGUCGGUAUUCGUGGAAAGCGACCUGAUCGUAUCGGCGAUAAGUGCUGGCUCUAUUUCCCCGAAGACAAUGCUCCAUUCUACCGAGCUACCAUCUUCUCCAACUAUUCACCAUACAAUCAACCAGGCCAAGGCGUCAAACUUGCCACGAAACAGCUUGCCAACGGCGACAAGCCUGCUUCGUCGGAACCUGCUCCCGGCCCAUACUGGUCAAUCAUGCUUGAAGUUUCUGAGUCUUCCUACAAGCCCGUGAACCAGGCCACUCUUCUCGAAGAGAGUAUCAAAGGUUUGAUCAACACCGACCUACUCAAGCCAGAAGAUGAAAUCGUCAGCACAUACGUUCGUCGCUUCGAUCAUGGAUAUCCGACACCGACUCUCGAACGCGACGCUGCUCUGUCCGAGGCCUUGCCUUACCUAUACGACAAGGAUAUUCUGUCUCGAGGUCGCUUCGGAGCGUGGAGGUAUGAGGUUGGAAAUCAGGACCAUAGUUUCAUGCAAGGUGUGGAGGCAGUCGACAACAUCAUCUCUGGCGGUCUGGAGUUGACACUGUCGAACCCCGAUUUUGUCAACUCUCGGAAGAAUACUGAGCGUCGUCUAGCUGGUAUCAAGGGUGCUCGGAAAUAG